AUGGCAAUGAAAGAUGAAGGAUUGACGUUUUUAAUCAAAAUUUUCUUACUUACUGUAAUUUCAUCUCCGGGUAAAAUGGAAGGUAGGUAAAAUAGACAAAAUAAUCUAACCGUUGUACAAAACCCGUUACUGAGCAAGCUCACGCUUUGAGGUUUAGGCCUAUACUAGACAGGUCUAGCGCUUUAAUUCUGAUAAACCAUUAAGUACUUUUAAAAUAUGUUUUAAAGCGAAACCCAGAAGUAUAAAGCUCAAUUAGUGGGGAUAACAAUUUUUUGUAGCAUAUACAUACAAGGCUGCUGCCAGUUGAUGGUAAAAUAAUAGCACAGUAGCUGCAAAUUUGGCUAACAAAAAUAAAAGAAAAGAAUUCCGCUCUAAAUCUUGUCGCUUUUAAUGUUUUUUUCUUCGAUGCUCGACACCUUGAAAUAUCGAAAGGCUUCGCUUUUCUGCAAAAACUAAGGUUAAAGGGCAAAAGAAGAUAAUUAAAAAUUCAUGGUUCUGUUAUUUUGCUGAUUGUUGUGAAAAUGAUGUACCCCAUCGGCAAAGUUACAAGUAUAUACUAAUUCUAAAUUUCAUUAAUCUUAGUUAGUUUAGCAAUGAAAAUAAUGUAUUUAGGGUCACCACAAUAGGCUGCGUACACGGAAUAAUAUUUCUGUGAGACUUGAUGACAAACACUCCACAUUGUUCUGAGAACAAAUUUUGCAAACUUGCAUGCUGUGAAACAUGCCAGCCGUGGGAAAAUAACAGUUUUUAAUUCUUUGUAUACUCAUGUACACUGUCUAAUGAGUGGAAUAAGUGUUAGCAGGAAAUUAACCUAGUUAAUAGAAGGGAUGAAAUUGCUUUCUUUGGUGAGAAGGUGUACUAAUAUAUAAAUAGAAUUAGCUUUUAGAACUUAUAGUUAAUUAAAGUAUACCUUUUUUGAAGCCCGGCUCCCACUAGAUCUAAUUGUCUAAAAUCAGCUGCACCCGUGAACUGCAUGUACUGUAUUUUCGCUUUCACAUCUAAUGCACUGCUUUGGGGAACGCUUCUGUUUUGAUACGAAAGAAGGAAAACAAUGAGUAAAUUUUUCUUUGUUUGCGUUUAAAUUUCAGAGAAACCCAUUUGUCAAAUCUGCGCAUGUACAACUCCUUUGAAAGGUCAAGUUGUAAAAUGCACCAUGAAAAAUCUGACUCAAGUACCUUCCAGUUUUCCGGUAUCUACGAGACAUCUGUGAGUAUAAAACCUAGUCCAAAUAGACAUAAAACUGUCAAAGAAAAAACAUUUGGUGCGAGUAGAUGAAGUGAAUGCAUGUUUGGCAGCCACUCUCUUAUUGGUGAAAUGUUGUGACGAGCUCCUAUAUAAUUUGUCCCGACAUUCCAUUUAUCUCGAAAGUUUCAUGCUCCAUCUUUGUUGAACUCGCGCAAGCGCAGUGUAAUUUACUUAGAUCGUAAACACCAAUAUUCAUUCAUGACGUGUUAAAGGAAUGUUGAUAACCUUGUUGUCACUGAUCACGGCCUAGCCUGUGUGCAGUCGCCUCCUUUCCUCAGAAAAAAUCCGGUUUGAUGUUAUGAAUAGUAACUGAUACAAAAUUUUGGUGGAAGUAAUACAGUUCAUCAUUAUUAUUUUUUUAGUGAAACAUGAAUGUCUUUUUUAGUUAAGAAUGAAAUUGGUCGCCAAGCCCUUUCAUUAUAAAAAGUAUUUUCAGGUAUAAAGCGAGCCUCUUUCUUUCAAAACUACCAAAAAAAGAAAUUCUCUUACCUUUCAGUUUUUAUUUGCAGAUAUUUAGACAAAAACAGCCUGAAAGGAAUCUCUGGAGAGGCCUUCUGGAACUUGCAGAACCUAAUCUUCCUGUGAGUAAAUCGCUUACUGCUCUAUUUGGACGAUUUGUUACAAUCAAUAUAAUUAUGCUGCUAUUUUCCUCAAACUCAAUCUUGACAGGAACCUAGGACGCAACAAUAUCAAACAUUUGGACAUCGGGAGCUUUAAGAAUCUCAGCUUUUUGCAAAGCCUGUAAGUUACGAGAAUGCUUUAUCAUACUUGUAAGGGUGUUGUAACGGUGGAGCAAUGCAUUUAAUUUUGCAGACAGGUUUUCAAACCUCGUCGCCUCCAAGAGAGAACCAGUCGAAAGCCUUUAGGAGUCAGGGUUCAAAUUUCUAAUUAUUAUCCAGACAGGAUGUUCCGACAAUUCGGAACUUAGUAGUUGUAGCACGCGGGCCACAAAUGACUUUUGCUGUCACAGGUUAUCACAAUAGCUAGAAGGCUCGCCAGGUUCCCAAGAGAUCACGAGUUCCGAUCCGGUCAAUCCUGUCUGCCGCGGGGAUUAGCUCUUCUUUCAAAUUAAGGUUAAGAAUAUUAAAAGGGCUGCUGCUAGUUUUUUAAUUUCCUAGUACUGUUUGAAGACUCCAAGGCAGUGUUUAGACUUACGACUCGCGUUCUUCUUCUAAAUCUUUUGGCAGUCCAAACUUUCAGGGUGGGAGCACAAUAUCUAUAAGGCUUUUGAUUUCUUUUUUGGGCUUCCUCACCAAAUUGCAUCUGUGUAUUUUCUGUAUUCUCGCCUUUUCUUUCUUUUUUUUUUUUGUGGACAGAUUCCAGGAGCGAGAGGAAAUUUUAGAUCUUCUUUUUUCUGCUAUAUAUUUUCUUUUACGUCACAAUCGAAGUACUAAUCGACCUCGGUCGACCUCGAUUAAGUCUCCUCCUUGAUCGAAAAUCGCACUGCCAUUAGUAAUUACAAUAUAUGAUGUGUGCGUGUUAGCACUUUUAAUCUGCUACUGUCACUUAAGAAAACAGUGCACCAUCGUGAGGCUUGGGGUGUAACCGUCCAACCAAGCCUCGCCCUCGUGUCAUUUUGUGUGCUCACCAGAGUGGAAGCAGGAAAAGUGUAUAAGUUUUGUUAUCACCUUUCAGGGCAAUUACGAGAAUAUUGCAUGGCGAUGAUAAUUUCUCAUGUGGGGCCUUACUCAUGAUCGCUGUAUAACUCACAAUGGUUGUUAUUUUAUGGUUCUAUAUCAAUUUAGGUAUCUUCACGAUAAUAGCAUUGGAAGUCUUACUCCUGGAUUAUUUGAUGGCCUGGAAUCUUUGACAUACUUGUAAGCGUAAUAUUUUACCGUUAAUCGUCAGGGAAUGUUCAUGUUCGCUUUUAUUUAUCACCAUUGAGGGAGUGAUCGAACAGUGGCUAGUCGCGCCAAAUGCAGAUUAUUUUAAGUUAAAACCCCUUUGAUUAAUACUAGAAGUUUUCUUCCAACAAAUGUUAAAAUUUAUUCCAGGAUGUUUUAGGGCCUGCUACGCAUUAAGGAAUUUAUGAACAUUGAUCGCGCGGCUACCGACUCUCUCUCCCAGAAUAUAUUGUAGCAGCUGCUCGUAAGGUGUUUUUUCAUUCCUCGGGGAAAACAUUAACAUGACAUUGUUUUAAUAUCAUCAUUUCCAUUGUUUUAAGGUUAAGGGUAGCAAACCAUUUGACAUUCAGAACCAUUUGACAUUCAGGGUUAGAAGAGCUGCUACAUGACCUCUCUCGAUCCCCGGGAAGAAGAAAAACGAUAUGGCGACCAACUAGAUCCUUUUGGUCUUUUAAAGUUCUCCAUUAUUAACAAACGUUGAACGUUUUUUUCGGCAGACAAGCAGUUUAGUUGAAAAAGGAUUCUACAAAACUCUCAAUAGAAAGUCUCCUUCUUCCGAACAACAUUAUCUCGUCUUUGUUAACGAAAAGACGUUCCCAGUGCCAUCUUUCUUUUUUCAACCAACAACGUAUGAUUGAACUGCAUGUAUUGAAUUGUAUGAACUGAAAUAUUAUCUCUACCUAAUAACAAAUCACUCUGUUUGUACUCCUCUCCGACAAAGUUGCUAAAAUGUUCAAUUCACAACAUAGCCCCUGUUCUUUCAGAACUAUUUAAUAUUUCAAUCAGCCUAACCACAUACCCCGCAAAAUGGAAAUUGUCCAAAACUGUGCCUGUUUUAAAUCCGAUGAUGAGACGAACUCAAAUAAUUAAAGACCUAUAUAUCUGUUGUUAAACUUCAACAGAAUAUUUGAAAGGCUCAUGUCUACGAGAAUGACUCGAAUUACAUUGAGAAGCACUUACUUUUCCCAGUACCGCAAAGGACAUUCCACUCAACAUGCUACAUUAGACAUCGUUAAUGCAAUCCAGGCCAAUAUGAAUCAUGGUCUAUACUCUUGCGGUGCGUUUAAUGAUCUCAAAAAAGCUUUUGAUACCGUCGAACAUAAUAUUCUCCUAGAUAAGCUCAACUUCUACGGCUUUCGUGGAUUAAUCAACCAAUGUUUUUUCCUCAGAUCUCAAUAACCGCACCCAAACUACUCAAAUUGCUGAUCAUCAAAUAUCAAGUAAAGCCACAAUCACCUUUGGCGUUUCUCAUGGUUCCGUUUUAGGUCCUCUUCUCCUUUUACUGUAUGUUAAUGAUAUCCACCAGUGAUCUUCUUAAAUAGGUCUCUUAGCCGAUGAUGCCUAUAUACUUUUUGCUGAAAAAAAAAUUUGAGUUCUUAAAACAGUAGUCAAUACUGAAUUGUGCAAACUCUACGACUGUGUUAACAUAGUCUUAAAAUCUGUAAAUCCAACUUUGUAAUCUUUCAUCCUGAGGGACUUGUCAGAAAUUAGAAGUGGGAGGGGGGUGGAAACAGAGGGAGGGUCACAACUUUUUGAGACUGCAGAAAAGGGAGGGGUCAUGAAAAAUGGGCCGUUUAAAGGGGGAGGGUCAUGCAAAUAUGUGUGCGUGUUCAUGUAGAGGUUCACCCACAGAAGAGAAAAGAAGUUCUUUAUUUUGUAAAAAAAAAAACCUGGGAGAAAUAAGAGAGUUGAGUGAUCAGCGUCAGAAUCAGAGUCGGACUCUUAAUGCUGUCAUCUAAAAUGUAUGUAUAUGGCAUUACAAAGAACAGAUUAGAAAUAUAUUUUGAGCUUUCAUAAUACUGACUCACCUUAGUGAUUUCAUCAUUUAUACAAGAGUGGGAGGGUCAUGAUAUUUUGGGCCAAGAUCAAGGGGAGGGUUAGCAAAUUUCACUCCCAUUGCAGGGAUGGGUCACCUCAUUUCCAAACCCAAAUUUCAAAUUCCCCCCCCUCUCCCCCUGCUAAUUUCUGACAAGUCCCUAAACAAAAAAAAAGCCUAAUUAUAAAACUAUUUAAAUAUGUUGAUUUGACAACGAGAAUAUGCUACUAGAUAUGCUACUUUACUUUCUUGGCAUUUUGAUUGAUAAAAACCUUAGAAGCGUACCUGGAAACAUCGUAAUAAAACUGUCUGUUUAAAAAUGAGCAAACGAUUGGCUUACUUGCGAAAUUGCGUCAUUUUGAAACCAGGGAAAUUUUUCUUAAAUUUAUCAGUCGCUUAUUUAGCCGUCUGUUACAUAUGGACUUGCUGCUUGGGGCCAAGCAGGAAAGACACAUCUGAACAAAAUUCUAUUGCUACAAAAAACAGCUCUUCGGAUAAUAAACUUCUCGGACAGACACGAUCACAAAAUACCUCUCUUCAUCGACGCCAACGUUUUACCCUCGAACUUUUCAUAUUAUCAGUAGACUAUAUCUAAUCUUAUGCAUGACGUCCACAAUAAUAAGGUACCUUCUGGCUGAUUCUAAAUCUGUUUCAAAAAACAAGUAGCUGCCACUCUUACAAUACAAGAGCAUCGGCUUCAGGAAAUUUUUAUGUUAACAGUUCCGAUGUAGAACUAUAUAAACUGUCUUUCUCUCGCUUUGGGGCUAAACUGUGGAACGAGAUACCCUGUCACAUCCGACAUCUCCCCAAGAAUAAAUUUAAGAAAAACACUCUGCAAAUUACUUUUGGUAUUUAAAUUCAGAAGAUGACUAUAUUGAUAUGCCCAACUUAAUUAAAAUGGUAAAAUUAACCAAAAAUGUCAAAAAGUAAAUUCUUGCUUAUUAGUUUCCGCUUUUACUUUUCUACAAUUUACUUGUUUAAUUCUUUCUUCUUUAUUGUGUUAUCUAGUCCUCAUCCAUAUUACGAUUUUAAUUUCAUUUAUUUGUAAACUGUAAACUUUCCUUAGUUAGCCUUAAUCUUUAUUUCAUGUUUUGUACGCAUUGUCCCGCCUGGAAUAGCCUUGCUAACUGCGGAUAGGCAUAAAUAGAUUGUGCGCUGCAACUUUUGAGCAACUUUUAGCGUUUUCAGCAACUUUUUGUACUGCGGGCAACCUAGAGCAACUUUUGCCUUCCUUGGCAACUUUUGAGUCAUCAAAUACUUAAAAACUGACCAAACCAUCAAAAAGGUCUUUAAUAAAAGGUUUUUAUUAGAACUGGUCAAAACUAAGAUGUCGUAAGUUGUUACAAAUAAUUUAUAAAAUAACAGUGGUGGCAAUGACCAUAUUAUUGCCAACUUGGCCUGAAAGCUACCUGACUAUCUUGCUGCAGCUGAUGGUGUUGUCAUGGCAAAUGAAGGACAAAAGCUGGCAUGGUGGGCAGCCCACAGUGACACAAUUCCACAUUGGGCAGGUGUAGUAAAGAAGUUGUUGGUCAUCCAGCCAAGUUCAGCAUCUGCUGAGAGAGUCUUCAUCCUUCUGAACAAUGCGUUUAACGAUCAACAAGACAAUGCCCCAGAGGACUACCUUGAAGCUUCAGUUAUAAUAAGAUACAACAAUGCAAAGGGGCUGUAAAUUUAAAGUUUACAACCUCUUUGCAUUGCUGUAUCUUAACAUGAUAAGAUAAGAUAAAGGCGUUAAACUUGAUCACUGUCUAAAGUGUAUAGUCAGCACUAUGAUGUCUUAAGCAAACAUUGUGAUGUUUACUCAUUAGGAACGUCAUUGGAAAAUACUUUCUAUUAUUAGUUACGUUGAGCUUAAAGAUUAUAUUGAUCACAACAAAUGAUGUUAAAUUACACAUACCACGUCAUGUUUUGAGUAGUAAUCUAGAACAAAAUGACUCUCGAAAGUAAGCAACUUUUAAAUUUUUUGGCAACUUUGGAGCAACUUUUGGGUGUAUUGUCAAGCAACUUUUGCUGGAUUUACUUACACAAUCUAUUCAUGCUUAACUACUCACAAUGCUUCUGUAAUAUUACAUGUUUGUUUAUAAAUUUUGUCGUUUUUGUUGUUGUUUUUCUGUUUAAUCUUGCAAUAUCGGUCAAUUUACGCAACCUCUAAACUUCUGGCUCAGGUAUGAGGGGCAAUAGAGUGUAAAGAUUUGUAGAGAAAAACUUCAGAAACCUGACAAGUUAUGACAAAAAUGUACUUUAAACACGAACUAAUUUUUUUCAAAACUUUCUGGUCAUUUGACUGAUGAAAUCAGGAAGACCAUUACUCGCUCAGUUCCUGCAAAUUUUCACUACCGGGUGAUGAAACGUUGACUCACUACAGUUCGGCCUAGGCUCCCGUCUUUUUCGCUCAUACUCGUUGCCAACUUAAAUUUUAAAUGCCGGAAGUCAACUGCCCAACACAACCAAAUCCUCAAAUAUGCUAUUUGUUUUCAACUCGAUAAUGAAAUCUUGUCACAGCAACAAAAAAACCUAAUUCUGCAAUAGUCACAUGACUGAUGACGUAAUUACCCCAGAUGUGACAUGGUAAAACAGUUUAUGGCAAAUUUUAUCUUGUGUAGGUCUGACAUUCUUCUAGGUAUAAAAUUAUCAAAGUUAUAAAGCUUUUUAAAAAAAUUGCCUCGAAGGAUUCUGGGAUAUUCUUUAUGAUAAUUAUAAUUUACGUUUAUAAAUAUUAUUAUUUGUUCUUUCGUUAGGGAUCUUUACAACAACAAAAUCCAGAGUAUUGCACUUGGUGGAUUUGAAGGCUUGGGACAUCUAACAGAUCUGUAAGCUUUUCGUUUAACUUCCAAUUAUCUUAAAUUCAACCAUUUUUAGCAAUUGAUUUGCAACAGUGAACUUCUCUCACGAGUAUCGCCUUUUAGUAAAAUCCAACUAGUGGUCUAUUAUCAAUGCUGCGUUGUGACUGGUUGAGCUACUACUAGGCUAUAUGUUAUAGCCCACUAGUAGUGAAAAGCGCCGGCUUUGAAACCAAAACAAUGGCGGUUGAAUCGCGUUUUGGUAGGAUUAAUUUGUUUUGUCUCGAUAUUUUUGACCAACUAGUUGGAUUUUACUAAAACAAUUAUUCCUCUCGCUCUCAUGGCCUGUGAGUCAAUAGCCCAUUCGGGCUCGAGGAAUAACUGUUAAUUAGUUAGUCAUUUGUAGAUUGGUGUGGCAUCCAGCAUAUUGUAAAACAUCCAAUCAAUCAUAACUGUAAUUUUUAUUCCUUUUUUUCUGAAGGGAUUUUCAUAAAGACAACAUCCAAAUUAUUACACCUGGUGGGUUUGAAGCCCUGGCACAUCUAACAGAACUUUCAGCUUUUCGCUUAUUUCGGUUAACCUGAAAUCAGCGCAUUUCCAAAUAUCCAGUCAUUGAAAUUUUCGCUGAUCACACUUUUCUCUUCAUUUUGAAAUCGUCAUAACAGAUUAAAAACAAAGUCCAAAUUAUCAUAAUAAAAGCCGGCUAAGCUCGGUACUAAGUUACCGCCUGUUUUCAUAGUUCCUUUGCAUAUUACGAAAGAUUUAUAGAAUUUGUAGGCAAAUUCAAAAUAUGUAUCAAAACUUAAGCAAAAAAGAUAUGUAUAAUUUUUUUUACUUUCCUGAAUUAUGGUUUCUUGCUGCUUUUUCUGUGCAUUUUAGGCUUAUAAAUUCAGCGCCACUUUCCUCCUCUCUUUCUUCCUCCACUUGUAUUGCAUUCGACACAGAAAACUGCAAGUUACACUAUUAAAGACAACCUCAUAAGUAACUGGCAGAAAAGGAAACGGGAGCGAACAAUAAAAAUGAUGCUAAGGAGGAGGGAACACUGUACAAAAGUGGAGAAGAAUGAGAAGGGAAAAGGAAGAGGAAAAGGGGGGGGGGACAAUGAAAUGAAAAGGAGGAGGGAAACUAUAAAAAAAGAGGAGAAAGGGAAGGAGGAGGAUCAGGAAGGCAAACAAUAUAUGGAAAGCACGAGGGAGGUGUAGUGGUGGUGGUGGCGCUGUUGAAAAAGGGAAAUUACAUAAAUGCAGUUAGAUUGUCUCUUAGCCUGGAGGAAAGGUUCACGAGAAUCCGGUAGAACAGCACGUCUGAGAAAUAGUUCACCUUCAGUAUGAACAUGAGGGAAACAUCUAAAUUUAUUCUUUUACUGGCCUUUCGACUGUCUUCUAGAACUGUUCUAUAUUAGCAUAUAUGCCCCGAAUUUCUAAUCUGAAAGGAGCUUCUGUAUCUGAUAAUAGACAACAAAAUGCAAACACUUUCCUCUUGAAGCUCAUUAUUUCAAACUUUUUUAUCUUUACUGCAUGAUAGUUUUAUCGCGUUUUGUGUUAAUUCGUAGAAUACUUGACAACAACAAGAUUUCAGGGCUCUUGAACGGAACCUUUCGUGGUUUGGAUCAUUUGAAUAAACUGUAAGUAUGGACGUGAUGUGAGAGCACAAAACACUUGUUUUACUUACUCUAUGCAAUUUUUAGGGAUAUUCAGUGAUAUUUUCGGAAUUCUUUCUGUUGGUCCCUUAGAAUACAGGUACUAAAAUAUUCAAACCUGGGUAAUGUAUCAAAUUAGCUACGGUUCCAUUAAUCAGACUAUUAGACUACCAAAAAUGUCUGUCGUUGAGACGCAGACGUUUCUCCUGGCGAAAAGUCCCAAGCGGCGAAGAGUGAGGAGAAACGGCUGUUUUUUCGGGCUCUGUUCCAAACGAUUAGGUUGUUAAUCUAAUUAGUACGAUGGUUACAUCCAGUUUUAUCUAUUUCAUCGGUAGUUUGGAUAUUUGAUUUAUUUCAUAUACUCUAUACAUGAAAUCAAUCAAUAGAAUCAAUAUUAAUAAAAAGUCGAAAAAUAUAUGAUGAAGUAAAUCAGUAAAAUCAGUGUUAGACAGUAUCCAUCCUUAUUUGUCUUGUACAUAAAAUUUACUUUGAAACUCUACACCUUAGGUCUUUGAAUAACAACAGAAUUCAAUGUAUUGAACCUGGAGCACUUAAAGAUUUGGGGGUUCUUGGAUCUCUGUAAGUGCAACUUAACAAUGACCAACUAUUGCCACGAAUAGUCUGUGUAAUAAAAUCUCGCUUUAAAUGCUUCCCAAAUUACCAAUUAUUACAAUUUUCAGGGUUAACAUAGCAAAUUUCAAGCACUAAGUAACGUAACUCGUCCUGAAUCAGGUAUAUACAGUAACCUGGUGGUUAAAUUAGGUGAAAUUAAAUUUUUUUAGUACUCUGGUGCCAUCCAUUAGUUAAUUUCAAGAGGUAAAUGAUUUAGGCAGACAAAUACAUCUUCCAUAAGUAUGUUAAAGAUCCGUCCUUUGAUUUUCGUUGGUGGAGGCUUCUUGUGGACGGGUUAGUAAUGUCUCAAUAAUUACCUUUUUUUUCAAGUGAAACGUAACUUUCUACGAACUAUUACUUAUUGGUAUGAUUUCAGCAGACCAAAAUUCAAGCAGUCAACACCUUCUUCUUAAACACCUAGCGUCCAAACUUUGUUGUAUUGACGAGGUUGGGUGGAAUCUACACUCCACUACAGCCAUGUAACACCAUGUAAACAUACGCUGUACGUGUUUGCUAUAUCACACGCCUUUUUCUCGCCCUAGAAUAAUUUUUUAACCUUUCCUUAUUUUACCCCUUUAAGAGGUUCAAAUUUGCAAUCUUUAUUCAUAUCUUUUACCACUGAAUUUUUUGCUGAGUCUAAUAUCUGUCUUUUUGUCGCUCGCAGGAAGUUAAGUGAGAAUAGCAUCUCUGAAAUAAGCAGCCAUAUGUUCAAAGGAUUGCGAUAUGUUAAAGAAAUGUAAGUCGACAAGGAUAUCCUACAUCUACUCUCAUUUAAACACAUUUUCCCUGAUUUUUUUAGGUUCUGAUAGUACCUUGACGGUUCUUGAUUUUAUAAAGAAAUCGUGUGAAUUUCUGCUACUAUUGAACUGUUAGAGUAAGAUGUGUUAGAAUGUGUGUAAUAAUAUCAAUGACUUUAUUAUUUUAAGCACGUGUUUAUUUUAACAUUCUUUUUCUCACCAUCACAUCUAUAGUAGGUGCUCAUAUAUUUGAUUUUUUUUAAAUCAGAUUUCUGGAGAACAACAACAUUUCCAGUGUGGAACCAGGAGCCUUUCAGAGUUUUAGUAGAUCCAGGUUGUUUUCUUACUUGUAAGUUUUUAGUUUUCUUUGGCUUGCGGUUAAUGUGCCACAUGUUCAUAUAAUUUCCCUUUCUUAAUCGUGUUUUGAACCCGAUUCGAAUUAGUGGAUUAUUGUUAUUAUACAUAUCAACCUUGUUACACAUAGAUAUAUCAUGUAAGCUAUAAUUGAUAAAGGUACACCUUAUCCCACCCUUCUCGGGACAAUACAAGGGAGACACGAAACAAACUUGGCAACUGCGAUGAAAGUCGGAACCAAUUUAGUAUAGAUGAACAGUUCUAUAAUCAUGCCAGCGAAGUAACGUAAAACUAUUAGCAAAACGUUAGGGAGCUCAAGCAAAGACGUUUUCGAAAGACGCAUGUCAACCGGAAGUGGACCUCUUACAUUUUUGGUCAGUGAUUUUGCCCAAACUUUCGGCCAAAUUGUCUCUACAAGAAUAAAGAGACUUACCAAUAAAAAUUUGUUAGCGUCAAGGCAUACUCAAGGAGAGAAGGUCUCACUUUCUGUAGACGUGCAACGCCCAAAACGCCUGUGCAUAAGCCCCCUAUUAACAGUUUUAAGGAGUCAAGUAACCAUAAUCUGUUUCAAGGUCUGCUCAAAUUAGUCUCGAACGUUGAGACAGCUUUCCUUCUCUUUCCACUAUCCGUUUCAGGAUCUGUGGUAGACGGUCUUGAUAAGGUGGAACUCUUCGCCUGGCCAUUUUCUUCAACUGAGGGAGAAACUAUACUCGGCAUGUGUGACGGUUCCUUUCCUCUUUAGAUAUCUUCCGAUGAUGGCAGUAUUCCUCUAUAACUGAACAUUCUGAGAAGACCUCACAGUAAUGCUGUUGCCUUUGCUGUCUAGUGACAAUGUCAUACGGUCCCAGUGCAAAUGCUGCUGACAACGUUUUUUUCUUGUUUCCCUCGUUUUAAAGGCCUCUUUCACCUGUAACCAGAUCUGAAUAUUCGGUAUGGCUUCUCUUGUCUGCAAAGAGGUUAAUCCGGAUUUUCCUCUAGAACUUAAGCUGCACCCACUCCGGUGGUACUCUGAAGAGUCCAUCCGUAUUCUAUCAAUUAUUAAUCAACUUCUUUCUUCACUGUUAGCCUUCCGCUUGCGCAAAUCGCAUUGUUUGGAUAGGACUGGUUCUGAAUUUCCGCCCGGGUCAGGAUGGUGGUUUAUACCAGAGCCGGACUAACAAUCAAGGUCUAGUAAAGUCAUAUUGUCGAUGAUUUAAGACCUUGUCUCAGAUGAUCGCGUCUUCCGUCUUGUCUCCUUCCUUCUUUCAAUGGUCAAAUCGAAGCAAACAUGAAAGAACACACACCGCUGUUCGAAAAUGUCUCAUAAAGUAGUUAUGGGGUCUUCUUAUAAGGCUGGUUUGGUGAAUUAAACAUAAGAUAAGCAGGGCUUCGUUUCAUUUAAGUUACUGCUUUUUUCUCAGUUAAUUUUUCCAUUACAAGCCGAAUAUCAUGGUGCCAAAAUUUAAUUGUUGCUAAAAGAAUGUCUAGGUAGCAGAAGUCUUCAAGGAAGGCAUUUCGGAGAAGCUACCGUCGCUAUUGUGACAUUUUGUCAAUCGUAAAUCGUGCACGUGGAAAGCCGUCACAUCAAAACUGUGAGUAUUUGUUUUUUGGACCUGCCUUUCUGUCAAAUAUCGCCGCCAGCGCCUAUGAACGUAAACGAUGACAACAAACUUGAAAAUGUUCAAAGAAGCUUGGUGUUAUUUUUUAACUGUUACGGAACUCAACAAGAAACCUAAAGAAAGACAGGCAGGAGCCUUAUGCAGAGUUAUGGGAAUAAACUGUGUCAAAGUAAUGAAUAGCCGUAAUACACUAAUCGGACUUUACUAGAAAAACUCAGAAAAGACUCUGUCUCUCUUGGAGUUGGUGAGUUCACAAACGUCAGUUCGAGGACACUGCCGAUUCUCCGAACACUGCUCAUACAGCAGAAAAUUAAACGAAAUAAUAUUGGUAGCAGCGGAAACCCAAGAGGUCGUAGCAAAUGUAGAAAAACCAACAGGUCUGUGCAAGUAUGGAGACACUGAAAACCAGUGAAGUUUCGUGAAAAGAAGCAGCCAUGAAGUAAACCAGCCAAUAAAGUUUAUCAAAUAAGUGGAGAUCAACAGAGAUUUGCAGAUGAUAGUGAUUAAUUGGACGACUCAUCUUCAUUAUUGAGAGAGUAGGGGUUGUCACUGGUAAUGUAGGUAGAUCGACUUUUAUAAUACCCUUAACUUUUCUCACUGAAUACAGUCGUACAGUUACAACUCAGCUGGAUGAUACUCGAGCGACAUGCACUACAAUGUCCUGUGCAGAUUUUUUGAAUAUUUUCCAGCAAAGUUCACUUGGCCACCCAUGGAGGUAAGAUCAGGCUUUAUGACGGCAUUGUGGUCACUCAACUGCGCUCCUACUCAUUUACAGUUAACCGACAAAGAAGCCCAAAGUGCAAGAUAAAAUUUGACAUUCUGGAGAAUGCACCGUGGCCCAUCAUAGAUGGCAGAAUAUACAUUGUGCGAUGUUGAAUAGCCUCAAGAGCAGGAGAGCCUGUUCACUUAUAAAUGGCAAGCAUGAACCGCUCACUAUAGAUGAACUUUUGAACUAAUAUGAAGAUGUGUUCACAUGACUUGGUUGCCUUCCAGUGGGAUAUCACAUUGAAGUAGAUUCAGCCAUCAAGCCAUCAGAUGUCACUGGUAAACCAUGA